AUGACACCGCGUGAGCUGUUUACAAAGAACCACAAGGAAUUGGUGAAGGAAGGAGAAAGAUGGAUGAAAGGAACUGCAUCUUCAUGUACAGUUGUAGGUGCUCUCAUUAUUACCAUCAUGUUUGCUGCAGCAUUCACAAUUCCUGGUGGAAACAAUGGAGAAACAGGUUUCCCAAUAUUCCUGCAUAAAAAGUUGUUUAUGGCUUUUAUAGUUGCAGAUGCUAUGUCCCUCUUUUCUUCCACAACUUCGGUGUUGAUGUUUUUGGGAAUCCUUACAUCACGUUAUGCGGAAGAAGAUUUCCUUAAAUCCUUACCAACAAAGAUGAUAAUAGGCCUUUCCACCUUAUUCAUCUCUAUUGCCACCAUGAUGGUUGCCUUUUCUUCCGCCCUUUUCAUUAUGAUCCAUGAGCAGUCAUGGAUUGUUAUUCCAAUUAUUUUCGUUGCUAGUGUUCCAGUCACCUUAUUUAUUUGGAUGCAAUUUCCUCUUCUAGUUGAGAUGUACAUUUCUACUUGUGGACGAGGAAUAUUUGACAGGAAAGUGAAAUCAAGGGCAUAA